UCGUGUAAGUCCAACUUACGUCCAAAGCGCGUACCCGUCGGCGGAGGAAAGGAGAGGACACAAGGCGGCAGAAAGACAAAUUCCGCUCAAUUAACCGAAUAUUCUGAAAACACGCACACGAAAUACAGCCAAGAUGUCAGAGGAAAAGCCAAAGGAGGGAGUAAAGACCGAGAACGAUCACAUCAACCUCAAGGUUGCAGGGCAAGAUGGGUCGGUGGUCCAGUUUAAGAUCAAAAGGCACACACCGCUCAGCAAGCUAAUGAAGGCGUACUGCGACCGACAGGGCCUGGCGAUAAGGCAGAUCAGGUUCAGGUUUGAUGGCCAGCCUAUCAAUGAGACGGAUACACCUGCACAGCUGGAGAUGGAAGAUGAAGACACCAUAGAUGUUUUCCAGCAGCAGACAGGCGGCCACUGUUAAGCCCUCUCCACCUCAUUGACGGCCACCUUCAGUGCCCUCUCCCCACCCCUCCCCCCCAGCCACUUUCACUGUCCCCUCCAUGCCUCCUCUGCCUAUCGUCGUUGUUGUUAUUAUUAUUAUUAUUAUUAUCAUUAUCAUUAUAAUAAUGAUAAUGAAUUUUAUUUCUUCAGUUUCAAGAUGUCUGUCAUGGUUUUUCGUCAGGUGUGUGAGGGGCUCCUCAACUGUUUGUGUAGUGUCUAAGCCAGGACUGAACUUUUGUGCGCGUCAACAGUCUCCCCGCUGGCCAAUCAGGACGUUUCCUCCUGGCCGCGCAGGCUGUGAUUGGACCAACAGUACGUCACAGCUGUUCCUGGUUUGUCUCGCACUCCUCAUUCAUUCUCCGGUGAAAGCUUAGUAUCCAGUAGUGUGUCACAGUUUUCAUCCAUCGUGGUCAGACGCGAGGCUCCGCCGGUUUUUGUCAAUGGGCAUGAAAAUGGUUUGAAGCGGAAGCUCCAUCGGAACUUCUUACACACGGGCCCUUCCAUUUCACUUUGCUCUAAUGUGUUUUUUGUCUGACCUGCUCUUCUGUUAAAAGGUAUUUUAAUUAAGACCUGCGAUGCUUUUGUAUUUUCUUUUCUUUUUUUUUCUUUAAAAAAUUAACCAGGGAGCUUGUUGAUUCUCCUGUACAGAAGUAUCAGAGUGAGCGUUGGAUAAAAGUUGGGUUGCUUGGACCGAUACUCCAAAGACCAAACUUAGGCUUUAUAUUUGAUGUACUUUGAUCACUCGUAAAGGAAAUUGCAAGGUCGAAACAGUCACAUUUUAAGGGAGUUUGUAUUUCAUUGAUGUUAUUUGCUUUGUUUUUGACUAAUUGAGAAAGGUUGUGGGUAUCCAUGGUACAGACUUUAUUCGCUCAUUAUGAUAAAUUCCUAAUGGGGUUGGGGUGGGCGCUGUUAACUUAUCCUUUGAGAUGGUAAGGGUCUGGCUGUGUAAGAUAGUCUUUUGAUGUAGAAUACUUUGUUUUCUGAUGAAACGGCCAGUGGCCAGUCCUUGUGUUACGCUUACAGGUAGCUCCGCUUGUGGGUUUUACAAUUUGGAGAAUUUAAGUAGUGGGUUGGUCCGACUGACUGGGAAGGUCCCUCCUCAACGCUGUUUAGGGGUCUGCUGUCGCAUCGGUAUUGGUCUCGUAAAUAUAGGGCGAUGGGACAACUGAUUCUACGUAUGUUUUUGAAGAGAUGCUUUCCAGGUGAGCAGGGAGUUCCAACAAAAGUUUUUAAAAAAACCAACGCAUUUAGAAGACACUUUUCACUGCGGAUGUGGAUUGCCAAGCUGUUCCCUUACGUGCACAGGGCCAGAGUUUCAGGCAAUUUGUUGAGAAGCCUGACUGCUGUUCUGCAAACAGUGGCAUCCUUAGUGGUCACAAGUGUCUUCGAUAUUUUACAGUUCAGGCUAGGAUGCAUGACGUUUGUUGUAUUUGCUGUGCGGGCAGGGAGAACAGGGUUCUGCACCCACAGGGCCCCGUUCUUUCUACGCAGACAACAGUUUCAUUUGGUUGAUGGACGGACUUAGAUUUUUCAAUUCGGUCAGGAUGUUAAAGUAAGUAGUCAUUGUGCUGAACACUGGCAACGGUGUUAAAUUAUUCAGUGAGUUGUGUCAUGAAACCCUGUUUUUAAAGUUUGUUUUUUUUCUUCCCAUAAGGCUACGUUUUCAAAGAUGCUAACAGAUUGAUAUCGUCAUCUCUGAACAAGUUGUGUGUUUUAGAUCAUGCAUUUUAAAGCUUAAAUUACCCUUUGAAUACGACUUUUCCCCAAUUUCAUAUUCAACAUAAAUGCUUACUAAUAUUCACUACUGUCCACUCUGGCAUGAAUAAAUAUAAAAUUUAAUUUGAAGACCCAUAUUUCAUAAUGUCUCCAGUCAGUAACAAGUCAUGAGGCCAAACAGUUUGGUCUAUUGAAAUGCUAAAUCUGGGAGUGAUUACUCUGCACAAGCCAAAAGUUAACGACCCUGGUUUCUAGCUUUCCAGUCACGCAAAAUAAGAGCACAGUCAUCAAGACAGCCUUCCAAUUGAACAACGGAGUUUGUUUGACCGAGAUCUUUUGAGCAAAAUAACAUGAGCUCAGCCGUGUAAUGUACAAAGAACGGGGCCCACAUCUUGUCACGUCAUGUUAUUUGUUCUCUACUGAUUUGUACAUUAUUUGUGGUCUUUUACUACUGUAUACAAUAAAUAUAGUUUGGUACUCAGA